AUGGAGAAGAAUACUGAAGGAACCCUGGCCAUUGUAUUACUGGUUUUAAUACAAGGUGUUCUGGUCUCUGGUGCUGUGGAGGUCCGACCCUCCAUCAACCCCGCUGUAGUCGGGACCUCUGUGACGCUGUCUCUGUCUCCUUCGACCACUCUGAAAAGUGGAAGCUGGGCAGUGGGAGAGUCCCUCAUCCUCACCUGGAUGGGAGACCAGCAGGCAGUCUUCCCCAGUUAUAGCGGCAGGGCGUCAGUCAACAUCCUCACUGGAGCUCUCAACCUGAGCUCCGUCACGGUGGCAGACUCGGGAGUCUACGUAGUGCAGAGCAGUGACAUCCAGCUUAAGGCCAAUGCUUCCAUCACUGUUCUAGAGCCCAUCUCAAAUGUGACCCUGAGAGCCAAUCAAACUGAACUGAUGGAGUUCAACAGUUCAGCUGUUGCUACCUGCUCCGUCUCUUCUGGAUCCUCUCUCUCUUUCCUCUGGAUGAACGGCAGCUCUGAGGUUACAGCCAGUAACAGAGUUCGACUCACUGAUAGAAACUCCACUCUCACAAUAGUUAAUGUGACCCGCUACGACCAGGGACCGUUCAGGUGUUGUGUGUCUAAUCCUGUCAGUAAUGGAACCAGUAAUCCAGUAAACUUUACUAUCAGCUAUGGUCCAGAUAACAUGGCGCUAACCGUGAACGGACAGAACACCACUUCCUUUCUCAUUGGUUCCAAUCUAACGAUGCUCUGUUCAGUACAGUCCAAUCCUCCAGCUCAGCUUAGGUGGGCUUUCAGAGGACAGCGUGUGAACACUACGGGUCCAUUGUUGCAGCUGUUCAAUGUCAGCGAGAACCAAAGCGGAGCAUAUUCCUGUCUGGCCUUCAACAAUCACACCAACAUGAACAGCAAUAUCGCCACACACAUCAAGAUAGCAACUGCAGGUAUAACGCAGAUUUAUGCCUCUGUGAACCCGGUACCAGUGGGAAACAAUGUCACACUUUUCAGCGAGCUCCCUGUUACCAUAGGGGCAUGGAUGUUCAACAAUGAAAUCAUUGUGAUGAUAUUCCCGGGAGUGCCUAUUUCAAAUGUGACUCUGAGGGCAAAUGCAACCAACCUGGUGGAGUUCAAUAACACAGCAGUUCUCAUGUGCUCUGUGCUCUACGGCUCAUCCCUGUCUUAUGUUUGGGUAAAUGGCAGCUCUGUGGUUACAACCGGUGGUAUGGUACAGCUCAGCAAUGGAGGAACCACUCUCACAAUAGUCAGUGUGACCCGCUAUGAUCAGGGGCCGUUCAGGUGCAAUGUGUCCAAUGGUGUGAGCCAAGCAGUCAGUCUCCCUGUACUUCUGAACAUCAGCUAUGGUCCAAGUAACGCAACAAUGAUGAUCAUGCCCAUGAGAUCCACCUACAUAACAGGAUCUAACAUCACACUGUCAUGCUCAGCUGACUCCAUUCCUUCAGCGAUGAUCCAGUGGAUGGUUGAUGGGAUGUAUCUAAAUCAGUCUGGCCCACAGCUUCAACUACAGAUGGUUAAAGAGAGCAACUCGGGAAAUUACCAGUGCUUAUUUUACAACCCAGUCACGCUCCUGUUCAGCAGCAAAAGUGCAAUGAUCAAUAUUUUAGAUGGACCGUGGAUGCCAACUAUAAUGGGGCCAAAUAUGGCAAAGGCAGGAGACAAUGCCACAUUCAGCUGCUACGCAUCAUCAAACCCUACCAGCUCCUACAAAUGGUUCUUCAAUGAUUCUCUAGUGGCCAAUACGUCUCAGUAUGUCACACCUCUUCUUACCAAGGAAAUGAGUGGAAUGUACACCUGCGUGGCCUUCAACAACAUCACCGGCAAAAACAGCACUACCUACACAAUGCUCACUGUUUUGGAUGGACCGCAGAUGCCAACUAUAAUGGGGCCAAAUAUGGCAAAGGCAGGAGACAAUGCCACAUUCAGCUGCUACGCAUCAUCAAACCCUACCAGCUCCUACAAAUGGUUCUUCAAUGAUUCUCUAGUGGCCAAUACGUCUCAGUAUGUCACACCUCUUCUUACCAAGGAAAUGAGUGGAAUGUACACCUGCAUGGCCUUCAACAACAUCACCGGCAAAAACAGCACUACCUACACAAUGCUCACUGUUUUGGCUCCAGUGACUAUGGCGUCAAUUAAAAUUGUCGGCGCUCAGCCAAUCCAGAACCACACUUUCACUUUAACAUGUGAGGCAUCUGGAGAUGUGGAUUUCAUUAUCUGGAUAUGGACCGCAGAUGCCAACUAUAAUGGGGCCAAAUAUGGCAAAGGCAGGAGACAAUGCCACAUUCAGCUGCUACGCAUCAUCAAACCCUACCAGCUCCUACAAAUGGUUCUUCAAUGA